CUCCUCCUUCCUCUUCCCUGCCUUUGUAACCAUGGCUUGAAGGUUGGUCUCCUGCUGGUUGCAGCUCUGCUCUUAGUCAAUGCCACGGCUAUGGUCUCCGCCGAUGUCUCUGAAGAGUCACACAAAAAAGACAAGACUCCGCUGGCCGAGGCUCCUCAUCACGGCAAGGAGAAGCACGAACACCACCACUUCCACCACGACCACGACCACCACCGCCACGACCACCACACCCCACCCCACACUUCCGGGAAGGUCGGCCAGGCCACUCCUCCCCACCCUGCCCCCACCACCGCACCAUCUCCACCACGCCACUCCUCCCCAGCAUCCCCACCAUCCGCACCAUCCCUACCACGCCACUCCUCCCGAACAUCCCCACCACCCGCACCAUCCCUACCACGCCACUCCUCCCGAACAUCCCCACCACCGCACCAUCCCUACCACGCCCCUCCCCCUCACCACCACUGAGAGCCACCUGCGUCUCCACCAGUACGCGGGCAUUAAGGACUGCAAAGCCUGCUGCGACAAGGCCAAGUGUGUCCCUCUGCCAGAUCCAGCUGCAAGCCCUGGGACUAAUAAUAUGCUCCUCUUAUAGGUUCUAAAUUGUACU